GUAAAAUUUUAUUAUUAAAUUAGUGACUAAAUACAGAUACAGUAUGAAUAAUAUUUUAAAAACUAUUUCCGUUAACAUUGGUCGCGCUACGAGCUCUGGAUUUCAUACGACAUCAACAUCAGAGGCAUGGUCGAAAUCAACUGUUCCGAAAAGGUUUUUAGAAUACAAUAAAAAAAUCUACCCCCCUCAAGAAAUAGGGGAGGAAAGGAGACCAGCCUUUGUGUGUCAUCAAAAAACAAACAUAAAGUACAGCCCUGAAAAACUAUGGUAUGUCGCUUCUUUUGUUAGAGGAAUGACUGUGGAUGAAGCUAUUAAACAGCUUAGUUUUGUGCACAAGAAAGGUGCAGCCUUUGUUAAAGAAGCUAUUUUAGAAGCCCAGGAACGUGCAGUUACCGAACACAAUGUUGAGUUUAAGAGCAAUCUAUGGAUUGCGGAAUCAUUCUCUAAUAAGGGCGCAGUGGUAAAGGGACUUAGGAGACAUGCUAGGCAACGCAUGGGUGAGGUUCGCUACACAUACAGUCACUACUUUGUUAGACUUGAAGAAGGAAAACCACCAAAAGAUUAUUACCUUCGAAAUCCUCUCACACCACAAGAACAGCUUGAUAAGUGGCUAGACCAAAUGAGAAAGAGAAAGAUUAUAAAUUCAUAUUAAUUAGCGAUGUGCUUUUUUGUAGUUAUAGAAUAAAAUUAACAAAACA